AUGAAGUUGAGCCUUGGAUCAAAGCGCUUUAAGUAUCUCUAUCAUGUUGUUGUUUCACAUUGCUCAAACCACACACGCGCACUGCAUGUAGUAGUGUGCAGAACGCUGUUUGAGCACUGCCACAUUUUCGACGAACUGGACAAAGGUAGGGGAAUUAACGGAAUGGGGCAUGCGCGACUGCAUCUUCAGGCCCACAGGCCGUUCAUCAUUGAGGACGGAUUCGUUUGUUAUUCUGCCCCAGCAGCCAAGCCCAAAGAUCAAUGCAGAGAACCUUUCAGUUUGAAGUCGGCUUCGCGGGGGUGGCUCACGUCCUUUGGGAGUUGA